AUGCUGCGGCUGCGCUGCAAGGCCCGGAGCGGCUCGCACGCGCUGCCGGGGCUGUCGCCGCACUCCCGCCUCCGCGACAUGCAGGCCGCGCUGGCCGCGCUCACCGGAGUGCCCGCGCCCGCCCAGCGCCUCCUGCACGGCUUCCCGCCGCGCAGCCUCGACCUCAGCGACGGCGAGCGCCGGCUCGGCGAGCUCGGCAUCCACUCGGGCGACACUCUCAUAGUAGAAGAGGACACCUCCAAACCCGAGCCUGACUCUCCCGUGAUCGCCAAAAAAGCCAUGUCCCAGCCCGUGAGGGAAGCCGUGCCUGUGCUGGCCAGGAGGGUGGUGCCGGCAGACAAUUCCUGCCUGUUCACCAGCGUCUCCUACGUGGUGGAGGGCGGCGUCUACGACCCCGGCUGCGCCCCGGAGAUGCGCAACCUCAUCGCCCAGAUCGUGGCCAGCGACCCCGAGUCGUACUGCGAGGCCGUGCUGGGCAAAACCAACCGGGAAUACUGUGACUGGAUCCGCAGGGAGGAGACGUGGGGAGGAGCCAUCGAGGUGUCCAUCCUGUCCAAGUUCUACCAGUGCGAGAUCUGCGUGGUGGACACGCAGACCGUGCGCAUCGACCGCUUCGGCGAGGACGCGGGCUACAGCAAGCGCGUGCUGCUGAUCUACGACGGGAUCCACUACGACCCCCUGGAGCGCCGCGUGCCCGGCUCGGACCUUCCCCCCCAGACCAUUUUCCCCAGCAGCGACGACGUGGUGCUGGCGCAAGCCCUGGAGCUGGCGGACGAAGCCCGGAGGAAGAGGCAGUUCACGGAUGUGAAUCGCUUCGCCCUGCGCUGCAUGGUGUGCCAGAAGGGACUGACGGGGCAGCUGGAGGCCAGGGAGCACGCCAAGGAGACCGGGCACGCCAACUUUGGGGAGGUGUGAGCUCGAGCGUGACCAGGGUGCCGUUUUCACUACCUCACCGCUCCGGAAUCGAAUUCUGGAGGUCCCCAGAUAAGCUGUUUGUAAUCAUAAAAUUCCGUUCGGCAGAGCUUGAGAAGCGAAUUAACUUAAUGGUGUGGCCAACGCGCAGGUUUGGGAAUAAGGGGUUGGGAAUAGGGGAUGGAACUUGGGCAGGUGGUGGACAGUGGCAGCCACACCUUGAUUUCCUCACCUUGUGUGUGCGUGCGUGUGGUCUGAGCUGACAGACACAACCAACGCUGGUGUAAAAUCCACCUCUGAGGUGCUGAAUGUACAUUGGCAGGGUAACUCGACGAAUCCGUGGCUUUGGGAAGCACACGUAUCACACUGGGAAUCGGGCAGCUCUCAGAGGGCAAACUGCUCGUGUGCUGCGUGAUUUGUGGUGGAAGUAUCAAGUACAACAGUGUCGAAAUACAAUUUGUAGUGGAAAGAGGAUCUCUGAGCUGCCCUUCACCUAAUCAGGAAUAGACUGUGUAGUUUGUGUGCAGAGAACUUUAGGGAAAGCAAUGGCCUCUAAGCUUUAAGGUAGCCUUUAAAUUAAUGAGUAGAUGGGUAAGUGUUGAAUAAAACUUAUUAAUCCUCCGUAGGUAGUUUUUAGUCGCUUGAAAAAUAACUCUCAACCCCCUGGUGUUUACACUGCAUCAGAGCAUAAGCAUGUUUCCUGGAAUACUUGGGAUUCUUCUUCAUAAUAGCAUUGGAAAUUCCUACAAGAGGGAAGUGACUCAAUUUGCAUCUGUUGAAUACAUUGAAUAUUUUACUUGAGUAGGGCCAGUCAUGGCCAUGGUGUUAUUAAGCUGUUCCAGUUUCCAAAUACUGUAAAUGAGCACUUUAAGGUUGAGUUCUCGCUCUUUGCUGGUAAAAAAGUUUUGCCCUCUGAAGGCCAGAGCCAGAGGGGAUGCUCAAAAUUCCAUCUGCUUUCUGCCUUAAGGUGUUUGUUUUGUCAGCGAGACUUUCAUUGUGAUAAUGAAGGGUGCAGCUGAAUAUUCAGAGCAAAAUAAGCUGGGAAAAAAAAGUGCCCCACUCCUUGGACUGUUCAGAAUCAGGGAAGGUGAAACUGGUUUAAUUGGAACAUCUUACCUCACAAGUGGGGUUGUGAAGCUUAACAGCAAAUGCUUUUGAAGGCUUUUCAAAGGUGCUGUAAAGGUGCAUAUUACUGAAGGGGAUUUAUGUUGUUUUUUUGGGUUUUUUUUUUUCUUUGAAAUGCCUGCAACACAUCCUUGUUUCUUGAAUUUUAAAAUAUCCUUUGCCUGCCAUCGUUCUGUUUUGAGUGGCCUUCCUUGCACUUUUAGACUGGGGAACAAGAACGUGCCUCUCCGGGCUGAGGCAGAAAUAAACCCACUUUCCACG